AUGGCUAACGGGUUCCACAUCAUCCAGUUGAGACAGACUUCACGAAUGCUUCUGGAAUUCUCUCGUGGUGAAACCACAGGUCUGGCCAAAAACCAAGAUGAAGACCCACUGGAAGAUCCCAACCUUCAUUUGAAUGUGGAAGCAUUAAACAAAGAAUUUAUGGCCAAAAGUGAAGAACUCUACGAUCUCCUCAUGAACUGUCACUGGCAGCCUCUGGACUCGGUUGAGUCGAACAUCCCGGACAACAGCCUGGAGUGAAUUCGGGCAUUCAUUAAACUCCCCAGUGGUUGGAUUCUUUUUUUUUUUUUUUUUUUUUUGAGGGGGAGGGAGUUGUCCCAGGAAUAUUCUGGAUUCUGCAAAUAAAUAUAAACUUCCUAGACUCAAAUGUGAUUGACAUGAUAAAAUAGUAUGUGAAAUA